ACAGAAUCAGAAUCACACGCACCCGCACACGCACAAGCGCAGCGAGCAGAGGAGAGGAGAGGAGAGGAGAGGGGAAAAAACACCGAGACAUCGCCCGAAACAGGACCACUUCCCCUCCUCCUCCUCCCCCUCUCGCCUCCUCCGCCUCCGGUGGGUCUCCAGGCUCCCCCUCCGCCGCGCCUGGCCGCCGAGGGGAGCGCGGAUCCCGAGGCUGCUCCCGGCGAGAGCCAGAUCUGGUUCCAUGCCGCCUAGCUCGGCCUAGAUCCGCCCGCCUCGCCUGGCCUGACCUGACCUAGCUGCGUCCGGGUUGGGGGGGACUUGAGGGGGAUGGAGGACGCGUCCAAGUACGCGCACAGCCCGGCCCACCUCGCCGUGGUGCGGCGGGACCAUGCGUCGCUCCGCCGCCUGGUCGCGGGGCUGCCCCGCCUCCCGCGCGCGGGGGAGGUGGCGACGGAGGAGGAGUCCAUCGCCGGGGAGGCCGUGGCGGACGCGGUGUCGGCCGUCAUCGACCGCAGGGACGUGCCGCGGAGGGAGACCCCGCUCCACCUCGCGGUGCGCCUCCGGGACCCCGUCGCCGCCGACAUCCUCAUGUCCGCCGGCGCCGACUGGUCGCUCCAGAAUGCCGACGGGUGGUCCGCGCUCCAGGAGGCGGUCUGCACGCGGGAGGACGCCAUCGCCACCAUCAUCGCGCGGCACUACCAGCCCCUCGCGUGGGCCAAGUGGUGCCGCCGCCUCCCGCGCGUCCUCGCCUCCAUCAACCGCAUCCGCGACUUCUACAUGGAGAUCUCCUUCCACUUCGAGUCGUCCGUCAUACCCUUCAUCGGCCGCAUCGCCCCGUCUGACACCUACCGCAUUUGGAAGCGAGGCGCAGCACUGCGGGCCGACAUGACGCUUGCCGGAUUCGACGGUUUCCGCAUCCAGCGCUCAGACCAGACCUUCUUGUUUCUUGGGGAUGGUGCUCGUCCGGAGGAUGCUGGGGGCAAAGAGUUGCACCCAGGUUCUCUCAUAGUGCUGGCUCAUAAGGAUAAGGAGAUUACAGACGCAUUGGAGGGAGCAGGGGUGCAACCAACGGAGGCGGAGGUAGCUCAUGAGGUGACAUUGAUGUCAAAGACGAAUAUGUAUCGUCCUGGGAUUGAUGUCACGCAGGCAGAGCUUAUUCCACAUUUGAACUGGCGCCGGCAAGAGAGGACCGAAGCCGUUGGCCAUUGGAAAGCUAAGGUUUAUGAUAUGUUAAAUGUCCUGGUGACUGUGAAGUCAAGGCGCGUGCCGGGGGCAAUGACAGAUGAGGAGCUGUUUGCGAUGGAUGGGGAGGAGAAGAAUGGGAGGGGCGCAGAGCUUGAUGCAGAGUUGGAUGAAGUGUUGACAGCUGAAGAGAGGAAACAGCUUGAUUCUGCAUUGAGAAUGGGGAACCAUGAAGAGGAAUUUGAGGAGAGGGGUGAGGAAGGUGAUGGUGGGGCUGAUCAUAUGGAGGCAAAUGGUGUGUCAAAAGAUAAGAAGGGAUGGUUUGGUUGGGGUGGCAAGAAAGGCGCCAAGAAUGAUGAAAAACCAUCCAAGGUGGGGAGUAAGGAUGAAUCAGGUGAUCUAGGAAAGGGGAAGGAGAAGAGCAGCAACAAGAAGAAGAAGGGUGCCUCGUCAGGGGAUUCAAAUAAACAUGAAAGUGAAUACAAGAAGGGUUUACGACCUGUGUUGUGGUUGACACCGGAUUUCCCUUUGAAGACAGAUGAACUGAUCCCUUUACUCGAUGUUCUGGCAAACAAAGUGAAAGCUGUCAGGAGGCUUAGGGAACUAUUGACUACUAAACUGCCUCCAGGAACAUUUCCGGUGAAGAUUGCCAUACCUAUUGUUCCAACGAUACGAGUCAUUGUGACGUUCACAAAGUUUGAAGAGCUACAGCCUUUGGAUGAGUUUGCUACCCCACCUUCAAGCCCAACGCAAUUCCAGGAUGCCAAGGGCAAGGAAUCAGAAGGAUCAGGGUCAUGGUAUUCAUGGGUUAGAGGGGGCCGUGGUGCACAGUCUAGUGAUAGUGGUGAUAGCCGUAACUGGAAAGAUGAGGUUGAUCCCUUCCAAAUACCUUCCGACUACACCUGGGUUGAUGCCAACGAGAAGAAAAGGAGGAUGAAGGCAAAGAAAGCCAAGAACAGGCGGGGGUCAACUCGGAAACAGUCAUCAAAAAGCACCUCCUCGGAAGGAGGUAACCACCCUAUGAUGGAUGGCUUCGAGGAGUGAAACAUGUUCACCACAUAGCAGGCCCCCUUUCACUCAGAGAUGUUAGAUGUUGAUGUCAGCUGCGCUGCGCACCCGACAGCAUAGGUUGAUAACAUGCUCUGGAGAACGCAUAGUUGAUCAGAGGCGGAUCUCCUUGAGAGGAAGUACAGGAUGGCUUAUACCCCGCUAAUCUGUAAUUCAAUUCUAUUUUUUGUUCCCCUUUAUCUCUUCUUCCCAGUUGGAUGUAUGUUUGAUGAUCAUGAUGAUACGGCCCUGUUGUUGUUAAAGAUGUGUUUCCAGAGGGGGCUGUUUAGCUGUAGCAUUUCCCCUCCUGUUGUAUGAAAACCCACGAAUCUGGCAGUGAUUUUCUCGCAAAGAGGAAGCUCAAUGCACAUGCUUCCUUUAUAA